UAUCAAACUUGGAGGAAGAUUUUCUGAGGUUGAUCUGCCAAAUCAUCAAGGGACAAGUACUUUUCAAUUCACGAAUGAUAUUUUCACCACUGAACAAAUGUAUCAAGCUGUGAAUAUGCCCAAUACUUCUCCCAUAGACAAACUAGCUUCCGUGCUUUACAUAUACAAGCUGUAUUGGCCAGAAAAACAAGUUUCAGACUCGAAUCCUACCACUCUUCUUAGUUUCCACCACCAUGCAUACACAUCAAUCUCCUCCUCCCUCUUCUAUCCCCAAAUAUUUGCAGGAAAAUGAUUUAACCCAAGAAUGCAGGGACGUCAUAUCCUCUCUGCCUACAGAAGAAGACUGGGUUGGAUCAAAUCACCUCCACCUGUUCCAAGGUUUUUGGAUCAUAUCUACUUGCAUGGCUGGAGUUCUAGCAUUCCAGAAAUACUUCCAGGCACGGGACACUGAUAUUAUCCUCGCGACCACUCCAAAAGCAGGCACCACUUGGUUGAAGGCGAUUUUGUUCUCGCUUUUAAACCGGGUGCACUAUCCGGACCUCCUAAAACAUCCUCUACUCACAAGCAACCCUCAUGUUCUUGUGCCCUUCUUGGAGACUGAUCUGUACAUUGAAAACCAGGUUCCAGACCUCACAUCCUUUGUCUAUCCAAGGCUUUUUUCGACUCAUUUAUCAUAUAAUUCGCUACCGACAUCUGCAAAAGCCUCGAAUUGCAAAAUAGUGUAUUUAUGCAGGAACCCAAAAGACACCUUUGUGUCACUUUGGCAUUUCACAAAUAAGUUGAAAUUAAGGGGAACCAAUUCGCUUGAAGAGGCUUUUGAUAAAUUUUGUAGGGGAGUGAGUUUGUAUGGACCCUAUUGGGAUCAUGUCUUAAGCUUUUGGAAGGAAAGCAUAGAAAAUCCUCAAAACAUUCUUUUCUUGAAGUAUGAAAAAAUGAAAGAGCAACCCACUUAUGAGUUGAGGAAGGUGGCUGAGUUUUUAGGGUGCCCUUUUACUCCGGAAGAAGAGGCGAAAGGUGUGGUCAAUGAUAUUUUAAGCCUGUGUAGUUUUGAUAAUCUGAGCACUUUGGAGGUGAAUAAAAGUGGAAAAUUGUCAUCUGGACAUCCAAAUGAGGCGUUUUUUCGAUUAGGCAAGGUUGGAGAUUAUACGAAUUACUUGACUGCUGAGAUGGUAGAAAAACUAGACCGUAUUACCGAAGAAAAGUUUCGCGAAACCCAGUUAAAAUUCUAGGUACUGAUCUUCAAGUUGCAUGCAUGGUUUUACAUAAACGUCUGUUUUUGUUACUCAAUGUACCGUAUGUUUAUUUUGGUCGAUCGGCCUCCAAUAAAGGUACAUGAUCAACUUGCUGUAUUGAUCUCUAUAGCUAAUUUGCCGCUUCUUGAUGUAUGUGACAACGAUGAAAUUAUGUUUGAUUAUUUACCUUUUGUAAUGCAGGUAUACUUGAAUUACAUAGAUGUAGUCACCAAUAAGUUCCUCAAAAGCUCAUGGUUUUUAGUGGAUUGUGUGUCAUAUAUUAACUUAUUAAGAAUGUUUACGAGGAAAUAUUAUAAUUAUUUGGAAACAAUAAAAUAUCGUCCUAUAAUAUAUAUAUAUAUAUAUAUGAGGUUAGUGCAUUGUUAGGUGAGGGACAGCUAGCUUUG